AUGGCCACUUUAACUGAUUCCAAAGCCCCGCUGCGGACGGUGAAACGGGUACAGUUCGGUAUCCUUUCACCGGACGAGAUUCGCCGGAUGUCGGUGACCGAGGGCGGUAUCCAGUUUGCGGAAACGAUGGAGGGUGGCCGACCAAAGCUGUGCGGAUUGAUGGACCCGCGGCAGGGUGUCAUCGAGCGCACCUCUCGCUGCCAGACGUGCGCGGGUAAUAUGACCGAGUGCCCCGGACACUUUGGCCACAUCGACCUCUCCAAACCGGUCUUCCAUAUCGGGUUCAUCACGAAGACGAUCAAAAUUCUGCGCUGCGUAUGCUUCUACUGUUCCAAGCUGUUGGUCUCGCCGUCGAACCCAAAGAUCAAGGAAAUUGUGAUGAAGUCCAAGGGCCAGCCGCGCAAACGGCUCGCGUAUGUGUACGAUUUGUGCAAGGGCAAGAAGAUCUGCGAAGGUGGCGAAGACAUGGAUAUGUCGAAGGAGGGCGGUGGAGGCGGUGGCGGCGGUGGAGGCACGGAUCCAAACAAAAAGCAAGGCCACGGUGGGUGCGGCCACUACCAGCCGUCGAUCCGGCGCACUGGACUCGAUCUGAUGGCCGAGUGGAAGGAGAUCAACGACGAGAACCAGGAGAAAAAGAUUCAGGUUUCGGCCGAGCGGGUCUACGAGAUCCUGAAGCACAUCACCGACGAAGAGUGCUACGUGCUGGGAAUGGACCCGAAGUUUGCGCGUCCCGACUGGAUGAUCAUUACCGUGCUGCCCGUGCCACCGCUCGCCGUUCGGCCGGCGGUAGUGAUGUUCGGGGCAACGAAAAAUCAGGACGAUCUGACGCACAAGCUCUCCGAUAUCAUCAAGGCGAACAAUGAGCUGAAGAAGAACGAACAAACGGGGGCUGCGGCGCACGUAAUUGCCGAAAACAUCAAAAUGCUUCAGUUUCACGUGGCUACACUGGUCGACAACGAUAUGCCCGGUAUGCCGAAAGCGAUGCAAAAGAGCGGCAAACCACUGAAGGCGAUCAAAGCCCGCCUGAAGGGUAAGGAGGGCCGUAUCCGUGGAAAUUUGAUGGGAAAGCGUGUGGACUUUUCGGCCCGUACCGUCAUCACGCCCGAUCCGAAUCUGCGCAUCGAUCAGGUGGGCGUACCACGGUCAGUCGCCCAGAACAUGACCUUUCCGGAGCUUGUGACGCCUUUCAACAUCGAUCGUAUGCAGGAAUUGGUGAGACGCGGCAACUCGCAGUACCCGGGCGCCAAGUACAUCGUGCGCGACAAUGGGGAACGUAUCGAUUUGCGCUUCCACCCGAAAUCAUCCGAUUUACACCUGCAGUGUGGCUACAAAGUGGAGCGUCAUCUGCGCGACGACGAUCUGGUGAUCUUCAACCGGCAGCCAACGCUGCACAAAAUGAGUAUGAUGGGCCAUCGGGUGAAGGUGCUGCCGUGGUCGACUUUCCGCAUGAACUUGAGUUGCACCUCACCGUAUAACGCCGAUUUUGACGGUGACGAGAUGAACCUUCAUGUGCCUCAGUCAAUGGAAACUCGCGCCGAGAUUGAAAACAUCCACAUCACGCCCCGGCAGAUCAUUACACCGCAGGCGAACAAACCGGUCAUGGGUAUUGUGCAAGAUACGCUGACGGCGGUCCGGAAGAUGACGAAACGUGAUGUGUUCAUCGAGAAGGAGCAGAUGAUGAAUCUGCUCAUGUUUUUGCCCACCUGGGACGGCAAGAUGCCACAGCCAUGCAUUCUGAAACCGAAACCCCUGUGGACGGGCAAGCAAAUUUUUACUCUCAUCAUUCCCGGCAACGUGAACAUGAUCCGCACGCACUCGACGCACCCGGACGAGGAGGAUGACGGACCGUACAAGUGGAUAUCGCCCGGCGACACAAAGGUUAUGGUCGAACACGGCGAGCUGAUCAUGGGCAUCCUGUGCAAGAAAACGCUCGGAACGUCGGCCGGUUCGCUGCUGCACAUUGUGUUUCUCGAACUUGGUCACGAGAUCGCGGGUCGGUUCUACGGUAACAUCCAAACGGUGGUCAACAACUGGUUGCUGCUCGAAGGCCACAGCAUCGGUAUCGGCGACACGAUUGCCGAUCCGCAGACGUACGCAGAAAUUCAACGCGCCAUCCGCAAGGCCAAAGAGGACGUGAUCGGGGUAAUCCAGAAGGCGCACAACAUGGAACUGGAACCGACGCCUGGAAACACGCUGCGGCAGACGUUCGAAAAUCAAGUGAACCGCAUCCUGAACGAUGCCCGUGACAAGACUGGUGGUUCGGCCAAGAAGUCGCUCACCGAGUACAACAACCUGAAGGCGAUGGUCGUGUCCGGAUCAAAAGGCUCCAACAUUAACAUCUCGCAGGUUAUCGCCUGUGUCGGCCAGCAGAACGUCGAGGGCAAGCGCAUCCCGUUCGGGUUCCGCAAACGAACCUUGCCCCACUUUAUCAAAGACGAUUACGGUCCCGAGUCGCGUGGGUUCGUGGAGAACUCGUACCUGGCCGGUUUAACGCCGACCGAGUUUUACUUUCACGCCAUGGGUGGUCGCGAAGGUUUGAUCGAUACGGCGGUUAAAACAGCCGAAACCGGAUACAUCCAGCGUCGGUUGAUUAAGGCCAUGGAAUCGGUGAUGGUCAAUUAUGACGGAACGGUGCGUAAUUCCGUCGGGCAGCUGAUUCAGUUGCGCUACGGCGAGGAUGGGCUGUGCGGUGAGGCGGUCGAGUUUCAAAAUUUGCCGACGAUCAAGCUGUCGAACAAGGUGUUCGAGAAGCGGUACCGCUUCGAUCCGACCAACGAGCGCACGUUACGGCGCAUCUUCAACGAGGAGGUCAUUAAGGAGCUGACCGAGUCGGCUUCGGUCAUCCAGGAGAUCGAGGCCGAGUACGAACAGUUGAUGCGCGAUCGAGAAGCUCUGCGACAGAUUUUCCCGAACGGUGACUCCAAGGUUGUGUUACCGUGCAACCUUCAGCGGAUGAUCUGGAACGUGCAGAAGAUCUUCCACAUCAACAAACGAUCACCGACCGAUCUUUCGCCUCUGAAAGUGAUCCAAGGAGUGCGUGAUUUGCUGCAGCGCUGUGUGAUCGUGGCCGGGACGGAUCGUCUGUCGAAGCAGGCCAACGAGAACGCCACGUUGCUGUUCCAGUGCUUGGUUCGAUCGACACUUUGCACCAAAUAUGUGGCCGAGGAGUUCCGGCUGAACAACGAGGCGUUCGAGUGGCUCAUUGGUGAAAUUGAAACACGCUUCCAGCAGGCUCAGGUCAACCCGGGUGAAAUGGUGGGUGCACUGGCCGCACAAUCGCUCGGUGAACCGGCCACCCAGAUGACACUGAACACUUUCCACUUUGCCGGUGUCUCGUCGAAGAAUGUAACACUCGGUGUGCCCCGGUUGAAGGAAAUCAUCAACAUCUCCAAACGGCCGAAGGCACCGUCGCUAACGGUGUUCCUUACGGGUGGGGCGGCCCGUGACGCUGAGAAGGCCAAGAACGUGCUCUGUCGUUUGGAGCACACGACCUUGCGUAAGGUUACGGCUAACACGGCGAUCUACUACGAUCCCGAUCCGCAGCGAACGGUGAUUGCCGAAGAUCAGGAGUUUGUGAACGUGUACUACGAGAUGCCAGAUUUCGAUCCGACGCGCAUUUCCCCGUGGCUGCUGCGUAUUGAGCUGGACCGGAAGCGCAUGACGGACAAGAAGCUCACGAUGGAGCAGAUCGCGGAGAAGAUUAACGCCGGCUUCGGAGACGAUUUGAACUGCAUCUUCAACGACGACAACGCCGACAAACUGGUGCUGCGCAUUCGGAUCAUGAACGAGGACAACAAGUUCCAAGAGAGCGAGGAGGAAAAUGUGGACAAGAUGGAGGACGACAUGUUUUUGCGAUGCAUCGAGGCGAACAUGCUGUCGGACAUGACGCUGCAGGGUAUCGAGGCCAUCGGCAAAGUGUACAUGCACCUGCCCCAGACGGAUGCCAAGAAGCGUAUCGUUAUUACACCCGAGGGCGAGUUUAAGCCGAUUGGCGAGUGGCUUCUCGAGACGGACGGUACCUCUAUGAUGAAGGUGCUUAGCGAGCGGGACGUGGAUCCGGUGCGGACCUACAGUAACGACAUCUGCGAGAUCUUUUCCGUGCUCGGCAUCGAGGCGGUGCGAAAGUCGGUUGAAAAGGAGAUGAACAAUGUGCUGCAGUUCUACGGGCUGUACGUGAACUAUCGCCAUCUCGCGCUGCUGUGCGACGUGAUGACGGCGAAGGGUCACCUUAUGGCCAUCACGCGGCACGGAAUCAAUCGACAGGACACGGGCGCCCUCAUGCGCUGCUCGUUCGAAGAAACGGUCGACGUGCUAAACGAUGCUGCCGCCCAUGCCGAGGUAGACCCGAUGAGGGGUGUCUCGGAGAACAUUAUUCUGGGCCAGUUGCCGCGCAUGGGCACCGGCUGCUUCGAUCUGCUGCUCGAUGCGGAGAAGUGUAAGCUGGGAAUGGAAAUUCCGCACACCUCGAUCCUCGGUGGUACGGGAAUGUUCUUCGGUUCGGCCGCUACACCCAGCAUGACGCCGUGGCAACAGUCGCAAACACCCGGCUACGGUGGAUGGUCGCCUUCCGGACCGGCCAGUGGAAUGACACCGGGUGGGCCAAGUUUCUCGCCGUCGGCACAAUCGGACGCGUCGGGCAUGUCGCCGACAUCGUGGUCACCGAUCCGUGGCUCACCCAGCUCCCCCGGUCCCUCGAUGUCGCCGUACCCACCGUCCUCACCAUCGAUGUCGCCAUCGUACUCGCCCAGCAGUCCCAACUACGCUCCGAACUCCCCUGGCGGUGCUUCGCCUUCCUACUCUCCGACCAGUCCGUGCUAUUCGCCGCCUAGUUCGCAGUAUUCUCCCGGCAGCUCAACCUACUCCCCUAGCAGUCCUAACGUCCACUCGACCACGCAAAAGUACUCCCCAACGUCCCCCAGCUACUCACCGAUGUCACCGAUGCUGCAUCCGACUAGCUCUUCGAACUACCAAAGUCCGGCGUACUCGCCGACGAGUCCCUCUUACUCCCCGACCUCCCCGAGCUACUCACCUUCGUCUCCCGUCUUCUCACCCACCAGUCCGUCCUACUCGCCGUCGAGCCCAUCCUAUUCGCCUACCUCUCCCAGCUACUCCCCCACGAGCCCCUCGUACUCACCCACCUCCCCAAACUUUACUCCCGCUACGCCUUCCUACUCCCCAAGCAGCCCAAACUACUCGCCGACUUCCCCGCAUUACUCCCCAGCAUCGCCGAGCUAUUCUCCUUCGUCGCCCAAAUAUUCACCCACAUCGCCCAGCUAUUCCCCGACAUCACCCUCGUACAUUGCUAGUCCGCACUACACUCCUGCCAGCCCGCAGUACCAACAGACGAGCCCGGCCUAUUCGCCCACAAGCCCAUCUUACUCGCCGAGCUCACCGCAACAUUCGCCCGGCAGCAGCAGCAGCAACCACUACAGCCUGGGAUCGUCCUCGUACUCGCAGACACCGGCACCGUACUCCCCAACCAUGUCGUCCUACUCGCCGAGCAGUCCCAAGUACUCGCCGACGAGCCCCGUUUACACAUCGAGCUCGCCGACCUACUCACCGUCGUCACCGGCCUACUCACCCACACCGCAGGGUUACAGCCCUUCGAGCCCGGCCAGCCCUUCCUAUUCGCCCACGAGCCCUUCGUAUGACGAGAGCAACGAAGACUAAAGAAUGCACCGGUCCAAAUGACAAGGCAGCAAUCCGAUGGAGCAUCCGCGGCUUGAGAUGGCAGUGUAACGAACGGUCGCCCUUUUCCUUACGCGCGUUUUUAUGCUUCUAGCUACCAUGUAGGGUAAUUCUGGGACACCAAUAAAAAGCAAAUGACUCUUUUGCUGACAACGAGAGCAUUUUGUCCACCACGAGAAACCCGUGUGGCUCCGUGACAAAUUUACCAACUUAACGGGUCGAUAAACUUUGUUUAAUUUGUCACCAAAGGAGGGCGUUGUUGUGUACGUUUCUCAGCGGCACAAGUUCUGUUUCGACUUAUUUCAUAUGGUUAAUGGUCAAAGGUGGACAGAGAGCGAAUGUGUAAGACAGGGACAUUUGAAAGUUUGUAAAUGCUAUACAGUAACAGGAGUACACUUUAGUCGUAUGAAACAUU